UUCCUGACCCCAGAUCUGGUGAUCAGUUAGACCUUGAGCAUGUGGGUAAGACCCACCUGCCAGACACGUGGAAAGAAUUAUCUAGUAACUCUCAGCCCUCUUCAAGGAGUGCCCCAUCUCUGGCUGUUGGGGAUAUUUGCUGCUCUCAGUCACAGGUGGGGCACAUGCCAGUGUAGGCAGUGCCAUCAUACCAUCCGCAUCAUAAUCGAGCUCAGGCUUGAGGCCAGUUACAUUUUUUGCCCCCUCUGCUCCCCUUGGGAGGCUGUUCCAGACAUUCACUCCUCUGAUGGUUAGAAACCUUUGUCUAAUUUCAAGCCCAAACUUGUUGGUGGCCAGUUUGUGUAUCUAUGUUUUCACAUGUGGUCAUUAACUGUGUUCCUCAUUUUUUGGGUGUCUGGUGUGAGACAGUUGAGUCUGAAUUGUAGGAGUGCAGUGCUCAGAGCUGAACGGAGGUCACGGGGAGCUGUGCUUUGAACAGAAACAGUGCUAUAUAAUGCUAAGCACUCUGAAAAACCAGAUACCAGUGUCUCAAAUUGGGCACCCCAAAUUAGUGGGAAGUUUUGACCUUAGUCUCCCUGUGCCUCAGUUCCCCAGCUAGGAAAUGAGGAUAAUUAUGCACUUAUCUACUCCUCCUCAGCUUAGAUGUUCAGUUCAGUUUCUACUCUUUCCCUCCUGUCCUCAGCAUAGGCGUGCGCAGCACACGUCAUUCGGGUGUGCACCCAGGGAAUUUACUUUGUAGAGAUGCUGAUGCCACAAGAAUAGAUAUUUACACAGGCUGGGCUCUAGGACCGUCUCUCCAGGAGCUCCGAGCGGCUUCAGGAAGAGAGACCAUGACCCACCAGGAUGGCGAGCUGGAGAGAUGCCAGCCGCCGACAUUCCCAGCGCACGAGCUGGAGUGCAAGAUCUGCUACAAUCGCUACGACGCAUGGGCCCGCAAGCCCAAGCUGCUCAGCUGCUGCCACCGGGUCUGCGCCAAGUGCCUGCGCAAGAUGGUGACCAUGGGGGAGUCCUCGCCCCGCCUGCUCAGCUGCCCUUUCUGCCGGCAGGAGACCCAGGUCCCCGAGGAGGAUGUGCAGCUGCUCCAGGAUGACAGCAAGGUGCUGGCAGUGCUGACACACCACGAGCGGGCAAAGAAGCGAGGCACUCUGCCCUCCCCUGAGGUCAUCCUGUGCCCCAGCGUCCUGGAGCCCUCCCGCAGCUCCUCUGACUGCCUGGUCAUCACCAUCCUCGAGGUGCCAGAGGACGUGGCGCCCCCCGAAGGCCUGGGCAUGCUGGACCUGAUACGCCUGUACCGCCCCGCCAGCCUGGACUCGCUGCCCUGCCGCGGCCCCAUCCAGCAAUGCCGCGCUUGCACCUGGCAUGCCAUACCCCACUUCAUCCUCUGGAUGCUGUGCCUCAUCUACUUCAGCUCCCUGCCCUUCGGCAUCUACCUCCUGCUCAUUGAGCGCCACAACCUGGGCAUCGUGCUGGUCAGCCUGGUGCCCUCCACCCUCAUUCUCUGUGUCUUCUACAGCUUCUGCCAGUGUCUGUGCCGCGAGAUCUUCGAGUUCCCCUCCACCUGAGCCUGCUGCUCCCCUGUGUCCUGAAGGCACCAGGCACUGGCCCUGCACAGCCUGGACCUCCCCGAGGCUGUGCCCUGUGCCUGGGGCCGGCCGAGAGCAUCCCCACUCAGGGCUUGCCAGCCCCCACAGUUAUUGCAGGGAGACGGGGAGACGUCAGUGUGGGAGGGUCCAGGUGCCGGUGAGCGACUGGUUGGACAGGCCCACGAAGCGAGUACUGAGUACCUGUCGUCUUCCCUUGCAGAGAGGAGAUGUACUACAAAGCCGUGCACAACACUGCUAUCAUCUUCCUCCAAAACAACGCAGGCUUCACCAAGUGGGAGCCCACGCCGGAGCGGCUGCAGGAGCUUGUCACAGCCUAUAAGCACUCGGGACGGACCCUCAGUUCCACAGGUUCCUCCUCUUCCUCCUCCACUUCUUCCUCAACAGCAGAUAAAGAUCGGGAGACGGGCGGAGAGCAAAGCACCAGCCGGGAGACCAAUGCCAAUUAAUCUGCAGAGGGCAGUGUGCGGGGACAGGCAGCAGGGGCGAAGGUAACAGUGCUCCAGAGGAGGGGAGGUUCGAUGUGGCAGGUGGAGAGACUGCUGGCUAUGCAGUGCCGUGCCAGGCCUGGGGGACUCUCUUCAGGCAGCUCCACCCUGCUUGCUUUCCUCUGUCAACCUGCAAGGCCCCUUUCCUCACCAGAGUCGAGGGAGAUUCCCUCGCCUUAUGCCCUGUGGGAAGACAAUCGGUUGCUGUCCUGAACAAGGGGCAAAGAAGCCAAAUGCCACAGUCAUAGGAAGAGUCUGCAGCCCCUUCAAACACUAAAACUCUGAGGAAGAGGCAGCUGGAGCUGGGACGGCUGCACGGAUGAAGGACGGACGGACGGACGGACUGACAGAGCUGUGGCCUAGAAGGUCCCUGGCAGCUGGCUGAAGCCUGUCAUUUCCAAGAGAAAAGCCGGCAGGGUCCAGAGGCUCUUCCUGCCGGCCUGGCACCACCAGCCCAGCUCCGUGUCCAUAGUGUAAAUAGUUCUGUCCGUGGCGACCAUGCUCCCUGCAGGGUUUGUUUCCAUAGCAUCCAUGUUUCCUUUCCACAUGUGCGAGUUCCGUGUUUGCCGAAGCUGUUUACCGUAUACAAGAAAAGCAGAGAAAAGGAAUUUCAUUUUGUGUGUAAAAACGUCUUUGCAGCUGUUUUGUAGUCGUUGUGGUUUUUACCCAGAGCCCGCUGGGCUUUAUUUAACCUCCUUGGGUUUUGUUUUUUAAAGGAUUAAUUUAACACCGCUAACCGUUUUAUUACUUUUAUCAAAGAAAGCAAAGUAAAGUCUAUUUUUGAUUUUUGUUUCCUAGUUCUUAGGGACAUUAAAAACCAGCAUUACAGCUCC